GCGUUCACAGCGGCACCGUGACUGCCCUCAGAGAGAAAGAAGAUUUAAAAAGAGUGCCAAAGGGUCGAGUUAUUUACAAAGUAGCCCUGAAGCAGUUGAUUAGGUAACAGAUAAAGAAGUACAGCUGUCGUGAAGCGGCCUUGUUGAGGUGAAGUGCCUUGGCAAUGGGUUCCAUUAAAAUCGAGUGCGUCGUGAAGGAAAAGUACCACAUUGGAGAGAGCCCGGUUUGGGAAGAAAAACAUGGUUCCCUUCUCUAUGUGGACAUAACAGGAGAGAAGGUGUGCAGGUGGAAUGCAGCCACAAAACAAUUGAAAACGGUGUAUGUUGAUGCUCCGAUUGGAUCGGUGGUCCCGCGGAAAUCGGGGGGAUACGUUCUGGCGAUAGGCACAAGAUUUGCCUUUCUGGACUGGGAAAAGGAAGCAGUCACGGACAUCGCCACCAUUGACCAAGAUAAAACUAACAACAGAUUUAACGAUGGAAAAGUGGAUCCAGCUGGACGAUUCUUUGCAGGGACCAUGGCAAGGCAGCUUCGUCCAGCCGUGGUGGAAAAAGGCCAGGGAUCAAUGUACUCCCUGUUGGCGGAUCAUUCUGUGGUCAAGCACUUUGACCGGGUGGACAUUUCCAAUGGUUUGGACUGGUCGUUGGAUCACAAGGUCAUGUAUUACAUAGACAGCCUAUCUUAUAAAGUGGAUGCACUUGACUAUGACCUGCAGUCAGGAAAGAUCUCAAAUCGCCGACUUGUGUACAAACUUGAACAAGAAGAGGUUAUUCCGGAUGGAAUGUGCAUUGAUGCGGAGGGGAAACUUUGGGUUGCCUGCUACAAUGGUGGUAGAGUCUUACGCAUCGAUCCUGAAACAGGUAAAAGGAUCCAGACAGUCAAAAUGCCUGUGGACAAGACAACCUCGUGCUGCUUUGGAGGGAAGGAUUACUCUGAUCUCUAUGUGACUUCUGCUGCGGAGGGGAUGGACGAGGCUUGGCAUCAGAGACAACCAGAUGGAGGCAGAAUUUUCAAGGUUACUGGGCUUGGAGUGAAGGGUAUUCCAUCAAAUUCAUAUGCAGGAUAAGACACCAUAUCACCCAUUACAACCCUGCUGGAGAUGGUUAAGAUGUCCACUUCAUACGCUAUGUUAGAAAUAAUAUCAGUAAGCUCUAUGAAAAUUGGAAAAUGGUGUUUUACACAAUGGAUGGGCGGAUAUAUUGUUAGAUUUUUGAACUGCCGUAUUUUUCAUUUUACUCAGAUUGCAAUCAAUGUUUAAUACUAAUUUUAAUUGUUCUUAAAUGUUGAUGAUAGUCGGAUCAAUAUGUUACUGUCAAGCAAUAAAAUGAUUUCUUCAAUUCUA